AUGGCUAUCGCCGCCGCCCUCGUGUCGGUCCUAUCCACCCUUCAGCCUCAAUUUGUAUUGAACUUCUCCGAGGCCCGCCAACAUUCGUUGACCGUCAUGGCCGUUGUACGCGCUCUUGGCCAGACCCUCCGCGAGGACUACGUCCGUGGAGAGAUGAAGAUGCGUGGGGAGCUGCGAUGGCUGAUGAGAGAAGGGUUAUCGGACAUAUCCGGCGUCCCUUGCGCGCGCAUGGCCUACACUAUCAAGGGCUACUGCACGCACGUCGUCCUGCGGUACUCGGUCAGGCUUGUCGGCUGGCCCGACAACAUUGUAUUUGACAACCUGAGCCGCAUCACCGGCAAGGAGCGAGUCUCCCGCCUCCUCGCGCUCUGGAAGAGCGGUGUCAUGCACUUCGUCCCCAUCACCGACACGGCCGUGCUCGACGCAGCGAUGAAGGACCCCCUUGCCGUCGCUCCGGCAGUCCUCCACCGUGGCAUCCCGCCCAAGCGUCACCGCAGCGACCUCGGCAAGCGCCAUCGACGCCCGAAGGCGAACCCAUACGGCUUGCCGUCGAGGUACCCUCGGGAUGGGCCGAAGUCGGCCGAGGUGAUCACAGAUGAGGCGGAGGCAAGGGCGGAGCAGGAGGCCAGGAUCGCCGAGCUGACUGACUUGCAGCUUGUUCUACUUAGACUACAGCGUCUGCCGUUCGUGUGGCCGGAGUUGGCAGCGUAG